GUAGUGCCGUCGAGGGUAGGAGGCAUGGAGGCGAUCCUGAACUGCAGAAAAGAGGAUCUAGAGGAUUAUUAUGGGCUGCUGGGCUGUGAUGAACUUUCUACGACUGAACAGAUUGUCAAUGAGUUUAAAGUGAAAGCUCUGGCCUGCCAUCCUGACAAACAUCCAGAGAAUCCCAAAGCAGUGGAGCAGUUCCAGAAGCUACAGGAAGCCAAAGAAGUUCUCACAGAUGAGAAGAAGAGAAAGAGUUAUGAUCUGUGGCUCAGAAGUCAAAUUAAAAUCCCUUUCAGUGAAUGGCGAGCACUCAGCGACUCUGUGAAAACAUCAAUGCACUGGGCUGUGAAGGCCAAGAAGGAGCCGAUGCUUGAAGCUGCAGAAGAUUUAAAUCCAUCAGAGAAUGAAAACACGGUGCAGGAGAAACCAUCUGAAGCAUCACUGUCGUCAAGUGAUUAUUGGCACCAGAGGUUUCGAUGGGCUGGUGAAGCUCCUACUGGCCUUUUGCAGAAGUUCAGAAACUAUGAAAUAUGAUUUAAUAUGUUCUGUUGUUCAUUUUUUUGGGUGGCCUGGUCAUGUGUAACUGAAUGCAGAGUCAAGUAUUGCUUGUUAAACGUUCAACGUUGAUCACAGAA